AUUAACAUGAUGGAUUUCUCCAAGCUACCCAAAAUAGCUGAUGAAGAUAAAGAAAGCACAUUUGGUUAUGUGUAUGGAGUCUCAGGACCUGUGGUUACAGCCUGUGAAAUGGCAGGUGCGGCCAUGAAUGAAUUGGUAAGAGUGGGCCACAGUGAAUUGGUUGGAGAGAUUAUCCGUUUGGAGGGUGACAUGGCUACUAUCCAAGUGUAUGAAGAAACUUCUGGCUUGACUGUUGGAGAUCCUGUACUCUGUACUGGUAAACCGCUUUCUGUAGAGCUUGGACCUGGCAUUAUGGGAUCCAUUUUUGAUGGUAUUCAAAGACCUUUGUCAGAUAUCAGGGCUAUGACCAAAAGUAUCUACAUUCCCAGAGGAAUUAAUGUGCCUGCUCUUAGAAGAGAUUUAAAAUGGGAUUUUACACCUUGCAAAAAUCUUCGGGUUGGUAGUCUUAUAACUGGUGGAGAUGUUUAUGGAAUUGUCAAUGAGAACUCUCUCAUCAAGCAUAAAAUAAUGUUACCUCCAAGAAAAAAAGGGACUAUAACUUACAUUGCUCCACCAGGGAACUAUGACACUUCCGAUAUUGUCUUGGAGCUUGAAUUUGAAGGUGUAAAAGAGAAGUUUACCAUGGUCCAAGUUUGGCCUGUACGUCAAGUUCGGCCUGUCAUUGAGAAACUACAAGCCAAUAAUCCUUUGUGGACAGGCCAGAGAGUACUUGAUGCCCUUUUUCCAUGUGUACAGGGAGGAACUACAGCAAUUCCUGGGGCUUUUGGCUGUGGAAAGACAGUGAUAUCACAGUCUCUAUCCAAGUAUUCGAACAGUGAUGUUAUUAUUUAUGUAGGAUGUGGUGAAAGAGGAAAUGAGAUGGCUGAAGUCCUCCGUGACUUCCCAGAGCUCACAAUGGAAGUUGAUGGCAAAGUAGAGUCAAUUAUGAAGAGGACAGCUCUUGUGGCCAAUACCUCCAAUAUGCCUGUUGCUGCUAGAGAAGCCUCUAUUUAUACUGGAAUUACACUGUCGGAAUAUUUCCGUGACAUGGGCUAUCAUGUCAGUAUGAUGGCAGACUCUACCUCCAGAUGGGCAGAGGCUCUUAGAGAAAUCUCUGGUCGCCUUGCUGAAAUGCCUGCAGAGAGUGGCUAUCCUGCAUAUCUUGGUACCCGGCUUGCCUCUUUCUAUGAACGAGCAGGCAGAGUGAAAUGUCUUGGAAAUCCUGAGAGAGAAGGAAGUAUCAGCAUUGUGGGAGCAGUUUCUCCACCUGGUGGUGAUUUUUCUGAUCCAGUUACAUCUGCUACUCUUGGUAUUGUCCAGGUGUUUUGGGGAUUAGAUAAGAAACUAGCUCAACGCAAACAUUUCCCCUCUGUCAACUGGUUAAUCAGCUACAGCAAGUACAUGCGUACAUUGGACGAGUACUAUGAUGAACACUUCACAGAGUUUGUUCCCCUGAGGACCAAAGCUAAAGAGAUUCUGCAAGAAGAAGAAGACCUGGCAGAAAUUAUACAGCUUGUGGGGAAGGCUUCUCUAGCAGAAAAAGAUAAAAUCACUUUGGAAGUAGCAAAACUUAUCAAAGAUGAUUUUCUACAACAGAAUGGAUAUACUUCUUAUGACAGGUUCUGCCCAUUCUACAAGACCAUGGGAAUGCUAUCCAAUAUGAUUGCUUUUUAUGAUAUGGCCCGUAGUGCUGUUGAAAACACUGCCCAAAGUGACAAUAAAAUCACAUGGUCCGUUAUCCGAGAACAUAUGGGAGAAAUUCUCUAUAAGCUUUCUUCGAUGAAAUUCAAGGAUCCGACGAAAGACGGUGAAGCAAAGAUUAAGGCCGACUAUGCACAACUUCUUGAAGAUAUGCAGAAUGCAUUCCAUAGCCUUGAAGACUUAGAACUGUGAUUUCUUUGCUAUUUG